AUGGACAUCUCAUCAGACUCGGUCGUCAGAACUGUUCCGGACAAGGCUGUCGCUCCCUACUACAGUUUCCCUGAUCAAAACGAGUUUAUAUGGCGCCACGAACAGGCAACUCUGAUCGAGAUGCACAACGAGGAGCAGGCCGUCAAGCGCCUCAACGAGAAACGCCGGCCGUUCAAGGCGUGGCCCGUCGCACCAAUUCCCGGUCUGACCACCCCAUUCAUGAAAUCGUGGCUAUUCUUGGUCAAGACGCCCUGCGGUGGAGGAAAAGAUGAUUUCCCAUCCCUUACCGAUCGGUUUACCAUCGACAUGGAAAGCAAGAUUGAUCGUCCCGAGGGCAUAUUUUCUCUCGUUCAUCUACCUGCGUCGCGCAUUCAGAACCCGUACGAGACUUUGAAAUGUGCUGGAGGUGCAGAGGUUAGCAAGUGUGCUGCGUUCAAGGUCGACGUCCCGCGAUCAUGGCAGAGUGACAAUGGCGUUCAUGUGGAGCUAGAUCUCAUGGCAAACUUUCAGACGGCCACAUCUAUCAACGAGGCGGAUAAUAUUACCGUCAAUCACGAGAAGCACCAAGUCAUCGUCAUUCAGUGGGAGAUCAGCUCUCUUACUUUCGAGGCGGAGCUUGCGGCCCUCCAUUGCCUCACGGACAAUCAUCGCCUGGAAGAAAUGGCUCCGGCGAGGCGCUCCCUCAAUGCCUUUCGCAUGAUACAAGACUUUCGCAACCCCAGCUGGAUCAGCUACAGGAACCUUCACGACGAGUUUCCGCAGCUUCAGAAUCCUGCUCGCUUCUGGCGCCGCGUUCCGAGGCUCCUCGUGGACAAGGUCAGGGCAUUCAACGCCGAUCAUCGGGCGGCAUUAGACGGCCUGAAGUGCAUUCCUAACUGUCUCUACUUUAUCAACGGCUGUCCCGGGGCAGGCAAGACGGAGUGGAAUAUGGUUCUCGCGGCACUCAUUCAAUCCAAGAGGAGUCCAAACUCGAGACGCCGCCGCAGCCCAAUCUUGUUCCUCGUUGACAUCAACAAAACGGUCGACGAUGCGGCCAACCGAUACUACACCCUUUGCAAGGAAGCUGGUCUCAAGCUUCGAAUCAUUCGGAUGCACGGUUGGCCCUAUGAAAUGCGCCACAGCUCCACGUUGAACAAGGGGAGCUCCCAGGACCAGGCCGCGAGUGAAGCGGAACUGGACUUUACGAAGCGAUUUCUGACCACGGUCAGCCUGGCUUGCCACACCAAGGCGCACCGGGACCCGAAUGUGGCCCCGACUCUUGAUGAAGCUGCAUGGGAGUACUAUGAGCUCCACAAAGACGACUGCUUUCCGGCCUUGAGAAAGCUCUUGGCUCGCAUGGAGAACGGCGAAGUCUUCAACGGCGAAGACUGGAAGUCUCUACGCUCCCAAGUGUCAGUGCUGUACCGUGCCGUCUUGGCACAAGCAGACUUUGUGGCUACGACGCCCGUGGCGGCUUACGGGAAGUUCUCCAAGCUGUUCGAGCCGGAUCUGGUGUUUGUGGACGAGGCGCCGCAUGCCCGCGAACUGACCACUUUGAUCGCCAUCGCCUUCUUCAGCCCUUUGGCGUGGAUCCUGACCGGUGAUGUCCACCAAACGCGCCCGUUUGUCAAGAGCGGUGACAAGAGACAGGUCGAUCGCGAGGGCCUCAAGUUCAACCCUUUUGCCGAGCAGCUCCGGGUGAGCACCAUGGCCCGGGCAGCAGCGGCUGGCGCCACAAAUGCGAGGCUCCUCGUCAAUAAGAGGAGCUACGCGAAUUUGCAUCGCCUUCCUUCCAAAAUGUUUUACAACGGCGAGAUGGUCUCGGGAUACAGUGGCGAAUCGCUGUACCCGCCCAGUGUCCUGCAUGCAAAAAGGUACCUCGAGAGGUUGGGCCCGGCAGCCGACAUUAGCGAGAACCGACUUGUCGUCCGCUUGAAGGACAGCUGUGAGCAUAUGCACCGCAACAGCUUCUGGAAUCCGGCCCAUCACAAAUGGAUCCUCGAGCAAGUUCAACAGCUGCUCCACGACGAGGCAUUUGCUGCCGUCGACGGUCGUGCGCGGGGAACCAUUAUGAUUGCCACGCCCUACAGCACAGCGGUGCGCGAGUAUCACUCGAGCGUGAAGAAGUGGCCGCAAGAGUUGCAGGACAGGGUCGAGGUCUUGACUAUCGACAAGGCUCAGGGCAAUCAGGCCGACGUUGUCUUUCUCGACAUGGUGCGAACGGCAAAGGCGGGAUUCAUGGACGAUCCGUAUCGGCUCAACGUAGCCAUCACGCGGGCGAGACAGGCCGAGAUCAUCGUCAUGCAUCAUCGCAUGACGUGGAAGCAGAUGUUGGGAGGGAUCCGCAUUAGAGCGCAGUACCUCUCCCAGAUCUGGGACGACGCGGUGGCUCAGCGGCGCAUGGUUUCACUUUGA